UUAUCCAACAUCCCUCGCCCUGGUGAGACCGUAGCGCCCACGUACAACCCGUCACUGCCUCUUGAACAUUCGCUCAGCAGCGAGCUACGCCGCGCCGCCUCGCCCGCCCUACACGGCCUGCCCGAAAGAAAGGUCGAGGAGCUCGAAUGCCUCCGCAAGGAACUAGACAGCCGGGACUCCACCAUCACCGAACUGAAAAACCAACUCAAGAACCUACAAACGAUAGUCGAGCAGCUGACGAAGGAAAACAGCGUCCUGAAAACCACUAGUAGCGUUGAUGACGAUCAGAGCAUGACGUCGCAGGCGUCGAUCAACGACAGUUCAACCAGCUACGCCCUAGAUGGCGCUAAACCCGCAGAGAGAGGCAAGAGCCUCGAGACCGACCAACUGGCGCUGGUCGACGACGAAACCGACGCCCGUUUGUCUCUCAAGGGUGCCCAGCGACCGGUCAGUAUGUAUGAGGCUAGGGAGGGACCAAAGAAUAACUGGCAGGUUACUAAACAUCAGUUAACCACGCUGGCGGGGCUGGACCGGUCCCUGACGCAGGCGGUGCUGGAGCCCGCGCUGCCCGCGUCCGACCUCGUGCACCGCCGCGCCGAGCCCGUCACCCGCGCUAUACAGGAGCUGUGGGCGGCGGCGCGCGAGCAGCAACCUCAGCUGGCGGAGCGCAGCCAGGAUAUCCGCCGCUGCGUUCGUGCGUUGCUAGCACUCUUCCCGCAGAACUGUCUGGACCCGGAGCUGUCAGCGACGCUUCGCGAGCUGCGCAGUGCGAGCGCAGAGCUGUGCGCAGCGUGUGGUGGGUCGACGGGCGCGCCUUUACAGCGCGUGCGGAGCGCUGCCUACGAGCUGGCCAAGGCCACCAAGCUGCUGCUGGCGCACUUUCCUUCCUAGCGACCGCCCUACCACUACACCACGGUGUAGACGCCUGCGCGUCUUUCGUGGCGUAGUGACGUCGGUCGUUUGGAAACCGUGCGCGCUGUGACGUAGUGAUGUGGUAAUUUCGAUUCGACGUUUGAACUGUAGUGAACGCUUCUAUUCAGACCUAAGCGGUAUUCGCUACCGUCUGCGGCAGAGAAAACC